UAACUUGGGUUUGCUUUUGCUCACCGUUGUCUCAUUUAGCUUUGAAUGCUUCAACGUGUCUGUCGUGUGUAUUGUUAUUUAGCGCUUCGUCGUUCGUUGUCAUCGUUCGCUCAAUCUGUUUUUUUGUCUUUAGUGAUUUAUUUGCUCUGUGCUUAUUCAGUGCUGCAUUUUACUGCGAAGUCUAAUUAAAAUAAAAAAACGAAAUAACAAAAAAUCUCACUUGAAUUUUAGCACAAAUUUUUAACAAAUUCCCAUAACAUAAAACAGAUGUGUGCUUCUUUGUAGAGUAAAUCACACACACAUUCAUACGGGUGGAGUCGCCUUCAUUGCUGUCUCGCCGCGGCUUUCAGAAAUAGGAAAAAGUUGUUGAUUUUGUUUUUGUUAUAAAAUAAAUAUCUACAACUAUACAAGUUACAACAAAGAAUUUCGUCAAAACCAAAAAAAAAAAAAAAGAAAGUAACAAUAGAAAAAUGUUAAACCGCAUAUAAAUUCUUCUCAAGCUCACCAAUUUGUUUGUAUGCGCCGCAACGCCUCAUAAUAAAAUAAUCACAAAUUCUAUGCGGAUGUGGAGCAGUUAAAUAUAAAACAAAAACAACAACAAAUUGAUAUCAGUGAAUUAAUGUAAAAAAAAAAUAUUUUAAACAAAUUUUUAAGGAGAAAUUUUUUAUACGCCAUACGUUUUGCGUUUUAGAUAAAGUAUUUUUAUAAGGUAUUUAAACGAUAAAAAGUCAACGCUAGAUUAAAUACCACCCACCGGCUGCAGAGUAGACAGAUAGAAGAGAAGGCGGCGUAAAAGUGCAUCAACAAAUCUAACUAAUCUCCCCCAUUUCACCCAUCACCUCAACUCAAGCAUAGAACGUCAACAUGGAUAUUAAAUUCGUCAAUGUGCUCAUUUUGGGCUUUGGAUUUAUGUUUGUGUUUACAUCGUUCCAAACGAUGGGUAACAUUGAGAAAACCCUGCUGGUUAGCAUUCACGAUGAUGAUCCAAGUUUCAAUGGUGAUGGCUAUACAAGUUUGGCAGUUAUUUAUGCCACAUUUGCUUUGUUUAAUUGGUUGGCCCCAUCCUUUAUAGCCUUUACUGGACCACGCACCGCCAUGGUAGUGGGAGCCUUGACCUACACAUUUUUUAUGGUAACUUUCUUGUUCCCUCGAACCUGGUUGCUAUAUGUGGCUAGUGCUUUGUUGGGUGCUGGUGCAGCCAUAACCUGGACAGGGCAGGGUAGUUUCUUGGCUCGUUGCAGUGAUUCAGGAAAUAUUUCACGAAACUCCGGCAUCUUUUGGGCCUUGCUGCAGUGCAGCAUGUUCUUUGGUAAUUUGUUUGUCUACUAUCAAUUCCAAAACAAGGAUACGAUUGAUGUUCAGACGCGAUCAUUGGUCAUUGGUGUUUUGAUUGGAGUUGCUGUACUGGGAGUAAUAUUUUUGGCCACCCUACGACAUGUACCGGACAAUUCAACUGUAGAUACUGAGCUGCAGCAACCACAAACACCUUGGGAUAGUGCGCGGGUAGCAUUCAAUUCUGCCGCUCAGCUAUUUAUGACCAGAGAUAUGGCGCUGUUAAGCAUGGCUUUCCUGUAUACAGGGUUUGAAUUAUCCUUCUUUAGUGGUGUUUAUGGACCCUCCAUUGGUUUUACGAAAAAAAUCUCCGAAACUCCCAAGGAAAUCAUGGGCUUGGCUGGCAUUUGCAUUGGCAUUGGUGAAGUAUUCGGUGGCAGUCUUUUUGGCAUACUGGCUUCCAGAACAACACGUUAUGGCCGCGAUCCCAUUGUCAUUUCCGGUUAUGUCAUUCAUAUGAUUGCUUUCUUGCUGAUAUUCUUCAAUUUGCCCGACAGUGCGCCGUUCAAUGAUACUGAUGAUAUAUCGUUCUUUGAUCCACCACGCACUUGGAUUGCUCUGCUGUGCGCCUUCCUUUUGGGUUUGGGCGAUGCCUGCUUUAAUACUCAAAUCUAUUCCAUGUUGGGUGGUGUUUUUGUCAAGAAUUCAGUGGGAGCUUUUGCCUUGUUCAAAUUUACACAGUCCGUCGCCGCUGCUAUCAGUUUCUUCUAUUCUUCACAUUUGGGUUUAAGGUCACAACUGGCAAUCUUAGUGAUAUUCGGCACAAUUGGAACAGCAUGCUUUUGCAUUGUGGAAUGGGCUGCCAAGAAGAGAGCACGCGAAGAAGAAGAAUCCAAGGAUGUAUCGGAGAUAUCAGCGUCAAUUUCAUCAUAUGACAAAUAAACAAAUGGAGAAGACUGGAAGACUAACCACCCCACAACAGUCCGACAAAAUCAUUCCAAUUGAAGUUAUUUUUGUUAUUAUAUGUGCAAUAACCACAAGGGAGGGUUUCUCCAAAAAUAUGUAUUUUUUUUCUUUGUCAUGUUUUACUGUUUAUAUAUGGAAUAGUUGAGAUGUUGGAGAAGCGGAAUUUUAUUACAAUUGUUAUAUAAAAAAACACAAAAACGUGUGUAUUAAAAUUGUGAAUAUACCAACAACCAUAGUUAUAAGUUAUCACCAUGUGUAUAGUUGUUUAGAAAUGUUCCUCUUAUAUCUUUACUUUUGAAUAAUAUAUUUUUUAUUAUUAUUAUAUUAUUUUUUUUUAUAUAUACAUAUAUUUUUAAUUGUUAAGCGAAAUAGAGUUAUAAACAUGGAAUUUAUUUUCUAUAUGGUCUUCCGAGACAAUAAUUACAUGUAAUGCCAAUUUAAUGAAGUGAAAUUUUAAAAAACCGCAACAACCACAAAACAAACAAACAAAAUAUAUAUUACCGAAUUGAAUAUUAUAAAACAAAA